CGCGACCGGGUACGGCACAGGCGGCACGUCAGACGUGUAUACCGUCCAGUCCGGGGACAGCUCCUGUCUCCCUUCUACCCCCAGCACUCUCCCGUUCACCUUCUCCCUCGAUCCGGAAACCCCGUCCCAGUGCGCACCGCUCGAUUUCUCAUGGUCAGACACCCAAGGUCAGGUCGUGAUAACCGGGGUCAUACCUGGCGGGGAGAGCUUCCAGUUCCUAGGCCAAGGCGGGAACAGCCAAGAAUGGACAGCGGACGUACAGCAAGGGACGGCGAUCGCGUUUAUCGUUGGAGACGCGAGGGGGAGAGGGAAAGGCGGGAGCUCGGAUCUCAUGACUGUCGGUGGGGGGGACUCAGGCUGCAUGAAUUCGAAUUCCCCUAGCACUACCCAAGGGCCUGCGGCAGGAGCACUUACCACCUUCCCGCCCGGCAGUGGGGGAGGGACGGUCAUUGGCAGCCCGCUCGCGACCGGGCAGGGCGGGUCAGGCCAGCGCGGGAACACGGCAACCAGCACAUCGCACGUAGGACCUAUCGUGGGUGGUGUAGUCGGGGGCGUGCUAGGCCUGCUGGUCCUGGCUGUCCUAGGGUUCAUCCUCUUCCGCCUUACGGCAAAAGAGGAGAAAGAGGAAAGGGAGAAACCGGACUUGCUUGAGCCUCCCCCUGUUUCGCAGGUAGAGGGGAGGUGGGCAAGGGAAGCACCGGUCCUCCCCCCGCUGGCUCUGUCUACCCACCCCUCGGCGCCCUCUACAGCAGGGGCGACCGAGGGCCCCACCAACCCAGCACCCGCAGGAGGACUGCUCUUCCCCACUCCUACGCCCUACCCCUACACGCCCUCCGCAACAAGCACCGCAGGAGGCGCAGCAGCAGGAGCAGACGCCGCCCUCGCAGCUAUGGUUGCUUCCAGCGACCCUAAGAAGAGGCAUGAUGGAGAGGGAGAGCACUCGGGGGGCAGGGGAAGGAGAGUAUACUGGGUGCAGCAUGAUGAUGCUGGUGCGGUGCCGAUGCCGCAGGGAGGAAGCGGGGAUGAGGUGGUGGACGUGCCCCCGAGUUAUGAUACGCUACAGGGGAGGCACUGAGCGCUCUGCCGGCGGCGGAUAGGGGCAGCGUGUUAGGUGUUACCCUUUUCCCUGGAGUUGGUGCUGCCUGGGUUGGCGGCGGGGGGGGGCAGGGCUGGUUUGUGAUCCUCCUCCUGGGGGAAGUCUGAUUUAUUCACUAGAAUAUGGGAUUGUUAUGUUCAAUGGACUAUUUA